ACACUCACGAUAGCACACCGGCUCAGCACGGUCAGGAAAGCCGACCGAAUACACGUGCUGAGCCAGGGGGCGCUGGUAGAGAGUGGUACGCACGAAGAGCUCCUUGCAAAGAAGGGAGAAGACUGGGAGUUUGUGAACAUGCAGAAUUUGCAUUGUAUAUAA